GUGUAUUCUCAUCAUUCAUCGUAUUUUUGUUUACAGAUGGCCGUUUGAAAUUCUAGCGUGGUUGUGCUUUUAAUUUUCUUAUUUUCUGAAAGAAUCAUGACUCUUCUGUUGCUGCUGGUCCACGCCUCAGCGCUUAUCUGAGAAAGCCAUGAAGACUCGGACGUAAACUUCAGCUAGAACCUUCUCUCUACCUCACUCAGCAACUUUAAUGUGGAGCGUGCUAUUAUGAUUUAAAUGGGUAAUAAUAUUCUAUCCUUUCGUCAGAAACUAACAAUGGACGCCACAGCUGCUAGGAACAAAAUUUUGGACGAAAUGACGAUGGCAAAAUCUCUCGCCUCUAAUCACCUUAGAGAAAGGCAAGCCGCCAUGGAAAGACUGCGUCAAUGGAUGUCCAAUGAUGAAGAGGAUUUUGCGGAGGAAGAUUAUCUACGAAUUUGGAAAGGGCUCUUUUACUGUAUGUGGAUGUCUGACAAGCCUCUUACUCAGGAAGAUUUAGCGAAUGAAAUCAGCAGUUUGAUCCAUGCUCCUCCAACUUUUGAAUCAUCAUUGCUUUUCAUUCGAACUUUUUAUCUCACGAUGGUCGUUGAAUGGCUUGGUAUUGAUCAUCAUAGGAGAGAUAAAUUCAUGAUGUUGGUGCGUAGAUUCCUUCGCCAAUCAUUUGAACUUAUCCGCAAAAAAAAGUGGGCCCAAGAAGAAGUCGACAAAUUUGCUGAAGAGCAUUUUUUCAUUUUGAAGUUUUUACGGAAAGGACCUUUAGGAUUAAUUACUCAUGUCAAAGAUAUUUAUGUAGAAGAGCUGGCCAAGGUCAGUAGAGGUAAAGUGCCUGAAACCUGCCUGCCCAAAUUACUAGAACCGUUCGCUCGCAUUGUAAGCACAACAGACAAUGCAGUCUUGCACAAAAUAGCACAGAAAGUGUUUUCUCACAUCAUUAAGCAGUCAGAACAUGGUCUUGAACAUCGGCUGAAAGUUGUUACAUGGAAGAGGAUGGGCUUUCCACCGAACAAAUUCAAUAAAAUCAAAAGAGUUAAGCAAGGAGAUGAUGAGGAAGAAGAUUCAGAUGCUGACUUACUAGGUGGCAAGAGUGACUCUGAAAUUGAUGAAGGAGACGAGGAAGUGCUGUCGCAGUUCCAGGACCUCCGAGCGGGAGGUGAUGUUGUGAUUCCGACCAUUGAUUUCAAUCCUCAGUUGAUGGUCGAAAUGCUCAGCAGGGUUAAAGAACUUGAAGAGACGACAAAGAGAGGGAAAGGGCGUGUCCAAGCAAUCAUCCAAUUGUUCCAAAGACUUGUUAAAGGCCGCUACCCUCUAGUUACAAACCAAAUUCGGGCAAUAGACUCCAGAAAACCAAUCCAUGUUCAGGAUGAGGUCAAUAAAGCCACGGAAAGGUUAAGACAGAUCCGUAAUCUAAAAGACAGUGAUGCAGUAAACGCUUUCUAUGCAAUGAAGCAUAAACCAGUGCCAUCUGAUGACAUCUUAUUAGCUGGUAGUGGUAAACGGAAGAGAGAUUGGGUUGAGAAGCAUGAGUAUAACGACUCUAUCUAUCUCUUUGGGCAAAAUCAGGUUAAAAACACGAGUGGCGUUUGGACUGUAACUCCGAAAGUUGAGGAAAAUGGUAUGGAGAAAGAUCCAGCGAUAUUGAAAAAGCAGCAAGUCAUCAAUGCGCAUGAUGCAAUAGCAACCAGUUUGAGAAAAAAACGGAAAGUUGACCAAAAUGAUAAAAGCGAAGACCCCGAAGAGUUUCCAAUGGAAGAGGAAAAUGAAGAUGCAACGGACUCUCCGGGAAAAAGCAAAAAGAAAAUCGGAAAACAGAUUGCAGCUUGCACUCCUGUAAGCAAUACAUCCAGGGACUCAGAAGGGAGUUCGAAGAAAAAGAAGGCCAAGAAAGGUAAAACUUCACCCAAAAACGCCCUCAGAUCCAGCACAAGUCCUCCUCCAGUCUCACCAUCUGGAUCUUCCAAAAAAGUUUCUCCAGAACUGCCUAAGGAAUUUCCACAAGUCUCUGUGGAAAAUUUAACUCCCAAAGAAAUAAAGAAACUGAAGAAAGGUCUGAAAGGUACACCUAACAAAAAAUCUCCCCCCUCUGUGGCAGGGAAAGAUGCCAAAACUCCUGUGAACUCCACUUUGACGAAGCUUCAGAACGAAACACCCAAGAGUGAAAAGAGAAGAGUAGAGUUUGUUCUUGCCAAAAACUGCUCACAAGAUCCGAAAGAGUACAGGCGAUCAUUGAAGAUGAAUCCAGGAAUCCCAUUCAGUGCUGAAAAGAAACCUGUUCAAGGAGUUUUGAAAGCAUCGCCUUUCCCAAGCCCGGUCAACCCAUUUGUGAAAAGGUCUAAAAGGAACAAACGGUUAUCAUUUUAAACUUGACAUAUGUGAUAUAAGGCCUUGAAGCCUUAAACAAAACACUUAUUGACUCUCAGAAUUUGAGUGUACAAAUUGUAAAUACUUUUAAGUGAAUUUUCAUCUCAGAAGGUUUUUGUUUGAUUCACCCAAAUGUUUGUCAUCUUUAAAAAUUCAGUCAAUUGCAGUUGACUCGUUGCGUACCUGCUAUCAUUAUUGCAUCUCUUUAAGGGGGUUAGAGCUAAUCAGUAGCAUUUUGACAUUGUUAAAGGCAUUUUGAUUUGGGGGAUUUAAUUCUACAUCGGAAACAAUUCCAACAUGAAACUAAAAAAUUUCAAUUUUCGUAAAUUUUUCCAUUAUUCUAAUUAUGAAGCAAUGAGGUCACCCACCAGUCGUCCUUUCUUCAUUCUCAAUUGUAGAAAAGACUGAUGAGUGGCUUUCUUUAGGUAAAAUUAAUUUGAGAACUAUUUUUUUGUCAAAUUGAAAAAUCUUGUUUUCUGAUUUUCAAUUCCCUUAAUUAUUGGAAUCACAAUUGAAAAGAAUUCUUUUCUUUCAUUAUUAUUGCUUUCAAAAGAAUGAAAUUCCUAUAGGAAUAAUUUUAUUCCAAUCAAUUUAAAACAGAAAAUUUGUAUUUCUGAUUCAAUAUCAUCUUUUCAAGGUGCCCAAAUAGACAGUGAAAGUUUUUGCGAAAACACAAGAUAAAUGCAGUUCAACAUUCAUGAGGAGAGCAUUUACAGGACUUACAGGAACCUUAGUAUGAAAAUGUCAAAAAUUCAUCGCCGAAAAGUGAAGGAAUUUAUUAAAAAAGAUCCAAACUUUUCCCUCUUGCGGAGUUUCACUUGAUGAUGUUCAAAGUUUGCAUUGUAGUAGAAAUGCAGAUCGCAGAAAAUUAUGAUUUAGUAAUGUAAAACAGGAAACUUGGAAAUCAAUUUCGAAACCAAUGGGCCUGUUGCAAACUUUUGCUAGAGCAAAAGUAAGAGUUGAUCCUUAUAGAUGAUGCCUCAAAAAGCACAAUGAGCAUAUCCGCAAAAUCUGAAAUGCACUCCUAACUUCACAAUCUGCAAAAGAAAUUCGUGUUUUUUUAAGCCUCCCGCUUUAAAAUGGAUACUAAGGCAUAGGUGAACAUUUUGUCAAAAGAGUUGUUCCAUUCAAUCCCUGCUCAACAUGGUCGACGCUUCCGUGCGCAAGUUUAGGAGAGCACGAGGUCAAUCAAGGCGGAUAUCUCCCAACGCGAGAAAAAUGUGCAUGUAAACAUGCAGAUUGCUAUCAGGUGGUUAGAAGUUAGAAUAAUCGUCCUGUCACAUGUGUUUUGGAGAAUUAGCGUCGGCUUCGUUAAAUAUUGCGUAUUAUCCUCGUGAGCAGGGGUUGGAUGGAAUAACCUCUCUCAUGAUUGUUCACCUGUGCCGUUGUAUAGUUUUUCAAGCGGGAAGCUUGAAAAAACGCAAAUUUCUCCUACAAAUUGUGAAGUAAGGAGUGCACUUCAGACUUUGCCGAUGUGCUCAUCAUGAUUUUUGAACCAUUUUCUAUGAGUAACAACUCUUAUUUUUGCUCUAGCAAAAGUUUGCAACAGGCCCAUUGUGAACGUUAGAAAAACGUUUCCUUCUUUUAAAUGCUUACCAGUAGAUUUGUAUUUGUUUUUAUAACUUUGAGAAUUUUUUCUCGAUUGUCAAUAGAUACCUGGGUGACAAUUCUAAGGGCAAAAAUGUCAUCUUUACCCAAAUAUUGCACAACUUUGCAGUUUGCCCUGCAAGAGAUAUUCUUGUUUCGUUUUUUGAAAACUCUUUACUCAUGUCUUUUCUCUUGAGUUGAGAGAAAUUUUGAAUCAAGAUCCAAUGUUAGAUGAAAACUUUUCUGAUCAAGAGUAAAAAAAAACUGAAUUUGAUUCAGUUCAGAGUCAUUGAGAAUUGUUAUACUUAUUUUGUCAAUACUCAUUAAUUUUUGUAGAAAUGUUAUCUUCUCCUGCUGUAAAAAAGUUUUAAAAAGUGGAAAUCUGUAAUUAUGUACAUAUGCAGCACUAACCAUGUUUAUAGGCAGUGAUUUUGAUUAUUGACAAACUUCUCCAUUCUCAUAUUGCUUUCAAACAAAAAAUGUUUUAAAAAUGAAACCUUGACCUGUUCAUUGCUGAAAUUGCUUCUUUUUUGUGCUCAGUAUGUAAGUGCAGUCCAUCAUUCAGCUUGUUUUAAGGUAAUAUGUUGGAAUCAAUGAUGAAAGUCAGUUUUCGUUACUGCAUUUUAAAGAAAAGAAAGUUAGGUAAAGAACCUAUCCUUAAAAAAAAAAAACCUAGAACCUCCUCAGUUUUGCAAAAUUAUCGAUAUAUUUAUAUUACAUUGUCGUGACGCACUGAGUUUCUUGAUACGAUAAAUUAAUAAUGAUAGUAAAAGUCUUUUGUGUGUUGAGACUUGAGUUUUGAAAAAUAAUUUUUAGUUAACCUUGAUGGCUACUGCAAAAUUUUUCAAUUUUCAAUACUUUACGCCUUCAAAUUUGAAAUAUUACCGAAUCUACUUGUGUUACAUGAUUAAGUCACUAGUUAAAUCUUGUAGUUACAUCGUAUCUCUGAGAAUAAAAUCGUCUUUAAAUUUUUAAA